CUGUUGCCGGCUUUGCGUUCGUUCGUUCUUGUUAUUAUACGUCCACGGGUUACGAAAACAGAACUAUUCUAUAAAAAAAUCACAACAAUUAUCAUAUGACUGCAACUAGACUUGAGGCCUCUCUUCGGUUUCGCUGAUACCAGUAUUAUUAAGAACGAUGGCAAACAUCGAGGGCGAAUACAAGGAGUCCAGCAACAACGCUGACGACGAGGAAUACCGCCACUAUCUGCGUAUUAUCAAUGCCUACAGACAGUACAAAGUUUGCAGCCUGAACAAAUUGGCGAGGACCGAGAAGUAUUUGUGUGAAAUACCAGACCACCACCGAGAAAUGCUGUCCAGUUACAAAGACCAUCUCUACAGAGUGUCUGACGGCAUUGCAAGGAACGAUCUGGUUAUUCAAGAAAUUUUGCAGCACGUCAACAUGUUCGACGGUGCCUCGCCAUUUGAAAUAUCAAUUAAAGAGGAUAAACACAUUGGCCCACCAACUUUGGCAGAGAUCGACAAAGUCAUAGCUACGAUCAAGCAAUUUGUACGAGACUGGAGCAAAGAUGGAGAGGAGGAGAGAAAUGCCUGCUACUUGCCCAUCAUCGAGGAGAUUAAGAACCACUUUAAUGAUCCUCAGAGGCCUAAACAUGAUGUGAAAGUUCUGGUGCCUGGCGCUGGACUCGGGCGACUCGCGUGGGAAAUCGCGAGUCGAGGAUAUACUUGCCAGGGUAAUGAGUUCAGCCUGUUCAUGCUGCUGGCUUCGAAUUUUGUACUAAACAAGUGCAAUGGCGUCAAUCUGCACUCGAUUUUUCCUUGGCUGCACCAAAGCAUAAACGUUCUCAAGGCGGAGGACCAGGUCAAAGAAGCUUGGUUUCCUGACGUCAACCCUGCCGACAUCAUGUGCCAAGACGGACAGUUUUCUAUGGCUGCUGGAGACUUUUUGGAGAUCUACAAUGAGCCCAAUUCGUGGGACUGUGUGGCGACCUGCUUUUUUAUCGACUGUGCUCACAACGUGCUUGAGUUUGUGGAAACCAUUCACAAAAUACUCAAACCUGGUGGAAUCUGGAUCAACCUGGGCCCCCUACUCUACCACUUUGCAGACAUGAGGAGCGAGAACUCCAUCGAACCUAGCUACGACAUUCUCAAGGAAGUCAUUAUGAAAUUUGGCUUUGAGUACCUGAAGGAAGACACUAAAGUAUUAACCACUUACACCCAAAACCCCAAGUCGAUUAUGAAGUACACUUACGAGAGCGUGUUCUUCGUGUGCCGCAAGCCAAUGUGAGGAGAAAAACCAUCAAGGUGUGUUUAUUUCAAAAUCUAAUUUUUAUUAUACCGACUUUAUCACUUUUUUACUUGCAAAAUAAAAUUCAAACUCAGUAAAAAAAA